AUGCUCAAUCCAAUGAUGUGCCCCUCACACAGUCUUCUGGGCAAAAUGUCUUUGGAUAUGUUGAAGAGGAAUGUCUAUCAGUCAAGGACCUCUCACCAGAAGGAGAAGAAUCUGACUGAGGUCACAGAAUUUUUCCUCUUGGGAUUUCAAGUUAGACAAGAUUUAAGAAUUCUGCUAUUCUCUCUACUGCUGUUGGUGAACGUCUGCACACUUUAUGGAAACCUCCUGAUCAUCACCCUGGUAUCCACCAGCAAGAACCUCCAAACCCCAAUGUACUUCUUCAUCUCCCAACUGGCCAUUAAUGACAUCUUAUUGGCCACAGAUAUUAGCCCCCAAAUGCUCCACAUCCUGCUGAAUAAUGGGGCGGCCAUUACUUUUUUCAAGUGCGUUGCUCAGUUUUUCUUUUUCUGUACCUCGGAAAUAUUCGAGUGUCUUCUCCUCGCUGUGAUGUCUUAUGACAGAUAUGUGGCCAUCUGUAAUCCUCUCCGUUAUUUCUCUAUCAUUACAAAUAAAUAUUGCGUGAUAUUGAUUGUCAUCUGUUGGUUGGUUGGCUUUAUCGUAGUGUUUAUGGACACCUUAUCCUUAUUAAUGCUAAGGUUUUGUGAGAAGAAUACCAUUGACCAUUUCUUCUGUGAUCUUGUCCCAUUGUUAGACAUUGCCUGUUCAGGCACUCAUUUCGUUGAAUUGGAGGUUUCUAUAUUAGGACCCCCGGCACUUUUUAUCCCAGUUAUAAUAAUAACAGUGUUUUAUAUGAAUAUAAUUUCCACCAUUGUGAAGAUCCCAUCCAAUAUCAGUAGACAGAAAGCCUUCUCCACCUGUAGCUCCCACCUCAUCGUGGUCUCCAUGUUUUUUUUCUCUUUGUUUGUUGUCUAUGUCUUCCCAACAAAAGGACAAACCCUGGCUGUCAAUAAAGUGCUGUCCCUGCUAUAUACUGUGUUUACUCCUUUUAUAAACCCCAUUAUAUACAGUCUGAGGAAUAAAGACAUCAGGAAAGCUAUAAAGGAAACAGUUUUCUAA